CCCCACUUCGGGCACUGCAGUCUGCCUGCAGUUGUUAUUUGUGUUUACAUUUCGUUUUAAUUUUGUUGAUUUGACGACUGGGUCGAAAUGAAUGACCCUCGAGGUGAAAUGAAGACUGAGACAGAUGUGUCAAAUGACGAAGCUGCAUCUUCUUCAGCAGAUUCAGAAACGGCCUUUAUCCACUCACUUCCUACAGAACUACUCGCAUUCAUAUUUUCAAUGUUGAGUGUUAAGGACCUGGGUCAGAAUGUUUCGAGGGUCUGUCAACGAUGGAAGGAAACAAUGCAUUUCAAGUCAAUAUGGUCUGAGAAAGAGCUGACACAUGAGAGUGAAGAGCUACUUAUUUAUGUGCUUGGUGUUGCUCCAGCCCUAAAGAAAUUGAAUAUCUCACAAAUUGCCUGUGAAGAUCCAAAAAGAGUCAUGACCGCUAUAUGCAAAGGAACCAAAGAUAUAAAAACCAUUCAUUAUAAUUUAAGUCUGUUUCGUCCUGAAGAGGGUGCUCGCAUUUUACGACAUUAUAAAAAUCAUGUACUUGACCUUCAUUUGGUAGGACAUGCUCUUAAUCACAAUAGCAUUUAUCGUAAUCUUGAUUCAGUUUUAGGUCAAAUGCCCCAGCUCAGAAGUCUUAAGCUUUCUGGAUAUUUCGAUACUAAAUGGAACAAAAAAGUCCUAGAGCAAAGUAAUUUGGAACUGCAUCAUCUUGAUGUUAGCUGUAUCCAAGAUGAGUCUGAUUCAUAUUUACCAUUCCUAGAAUCAGUUAGGCCACAUCUUAAAACCCUCAUGCUUCCUCAGAAAUCUAAUGUUGGUGUUCUUGGGUCAGUGGCAUCCUGUGACCAGUUAAAGGAAAUUACUAUUUGUCUGGACGAUAUUAGAUGUAUUAGUACUCUGAAGUCUCUAGAAUCCCUGCACAUAAAGUGGAUUGAUAUUGUUGCUAAGAACAAACUGAAAAAGUUUAUUCGUGACUGUCCUGUGUUUGAAAAUCUAAGAGAAUUAUCUAUGCAUUACAUUCCUGGCGAAGUAGCUAGUGCCAUUGCUGAACGUUGUCGGAAGUUGGAAAGUUUGAGUUUGCAUGGUAUAACAACAUGUGUAAGUAUCGUGAAAACUGUCCCCUCAUUGCAGAAAUUACGUAUUGUUGACGGAAUUACCUUUAGAAUGAGACAUGUUCAACAGCUGCCUCGAUAUCUUCCCAAUUUAAAGCACCUUGAUGUGCUUGGCUCUUUUUUCAAUCAGGGUAUACCUCCUCAAAUUGUCAGCGAAUUAAAAAGCGAGUUGCCUGGACUGGUAAUUAUUUGUGAUCCCUUCGUCAGGUACAGAAAGCAUGCUAAAGGAUACAUCCAUAAAUCGUGUAAGGAUAGCAGCACUGACUGCAGUAGUGAUGAGGCUGAAGCUUGAUGAGCCCUACUGAAGCUAGCUGUGUUUAAUAAAUUGUAUUUUUUUUCAAACAUG